GAGUAAGGAGGCCCGCCCGCCUGCUUUUAUUGUGAAAGUGUCACCGGAAGCGCCUUCUCCCCGCCGCCAGUGAGGCUUUACAUGGUGGACCGUUCUGUCAGGGAAAAACGCUCCGCGGUGGGACUUCACGGAAGAUGCCGAAGAAACGGGAGCUGCUGCUUUCCGAGAGACACCCCUCCAGUGAAGAUGAGACCAUGGUCCUGGUACUAGCCCCCAGAAAAGCCAGCGAACUCCCUGUUAACGAAGUAGUGUGUAUCCUGCAGGCGGACCUGCAGUUGGGUUUGACCCAGGACGAGGUGAGCCGGAGGAGAGCGUACCACGGCUGGAACGAGUUUGACAUCGGUGAAGAGGAGCCACUAUGGAAGAAAUACAUUUUACAGUUCAAAGAUCCCCUCAUCCUGUUGCUGUUGGCGUCGGCCGUCAUCAGCGUUCUCAUGCGCCAGUUUGAUGACGCUAUCAGCAUCACUGUGGCCAUCAUCAUAGUAGUGACCGUUGCCUUCGUCCAGGAGUACCGCUCAGAGAAGUCUCUAGAAGAGCUCGGGAAGCUGGUUCCUCCAGAAUGUCACUGUGUCAGGGAUGGGAACCUGGAGCACCUGCUGGCCAGAGAGCUGGUUCCUGGAGACACCGUCUGUCUGUCUGUGGGAGAGAGAGUCCCGGCAGAUCUCCGCCUCUUCGAGUCGACCGACUUGUGUGUGGAUGAGUCCAGUCUGACGGGCGAGACGACCCCCUCCUCCAAGUCCACCCUCCACCAGCAAGCAUCCAAUGGCGACAUCUCCUCCCUCAGCAACAUUGCCUUCAUGGGGACGCUGGUGCGCUGCGGCAGAGCCAAGGGCAUCGUCAUCGGAACCGGAGAGAACUCAGAGUUUGGGGAGGUGUUCAAAAUGAUGCAAGCAGAAGAGGCUCCUAAAACGCCGCUACAGAAGAGCAUGGACCUGCUGGGGAAGCAGCUCUCGCUCUACUCCUUCGGCAUCAUAGGGGUCAUCAUGCUGGUGGGCUGGCUGCAGGGGAAGAGGAUUAUGGACAUGUUCACCAUUGGAGUCAGUCUGGCGGUAGCUGCCAUCCCAGAGGGUUUACCCAUCGUGGUGACAGUCACGCUGGCUCUCGGUGUGAUGCGCAUGGUGAAGAAAAGGGCCAUCGUCAAGAAGCUUCCCAUUGUAGAAACUCUGGGCUGCUGUAACGUGAUCUGUUCAGACAAAACGGGAACUCUUACCAAGAACGAGAUGACCGUCACUCAGCUGUACACGUCAGAUGGACUCCACGCAGAGGUGACGGGCGUUGGCUACAACAGAGCAGGAGAGGUUUUACUGGACGGGGAGAUCAUCCACGGCUUUUCCUGCCAGUCAGUCAGCAAGAUCGUGGAGGUUGGCUGUGUGUGUAACGACUCCGUCAUCAGGAAUCACUCUCUGCUGGGACGACCGACGGAGGGAGCGCUCAUUGCCCUCGCCAUGAAGAUGGGGCUCGAGGGCCUGCAGCAGGAGUAUGUCCGUCUGGAGGAGCAUCCCUUCAGCUCGGAGCAGAAGUGGAUGGCAGUUCGCUGUGUUCACCGCACCCAGCAGGAUAAGCCUGGAGUUUACUUCAUGAAGGGCGCUUACGAGAAGGUGAUUCGCCUCUGCAGCUCCUACAACAGCAGAGGAAGCACACUUCCUCUGAACCACCAACAGAGGGAGUUGUACCAGCAGCAGAUCAGCUACAUGGGCAGUGCUGGACUGAGAGUUUUGGCGUUUGCGUCCGGUCCUGAGAUGGGGAACCUAACCUUUCUGGGUCUGGUGGGCAUCAUCGACCCACCCAGGGCCGGGGUCAAAGACGCCGUGGCCACGCUCAUCAACUCCGGAGUCGCCGUCAAGAUGAUCACUGGAGACUCCCAGGAGACCUCCGUGUCCAUAGCCAGUCGUUUGGGCCUGUUCUCUAAAGGCUCUCAAAGUUUGUCUGGAGAGGAGGUGGAUCACCUUGACCUGCAGCAGCUUUCAGAAAUGGUCCCCAGGAUAGCUGUGUUUUAUCGAGCCAGCCCCAGACACAAGCUGAAGAUCGUCAAGUCCCUCCAGAACAUCGGCGCUGUCGUAGCCAUGACGGGCGAUGGGGUGAAUGACGCCGUGGCGCUGAAGGCUGCAGACAUCGGCGUGGCGAUGGGCCAGGCAGGCACAGAUGUCUGCAAGGAGGCAGCCGACAUGAUUCUGGUGGACGAUGACUUCCAAACCAUCUUGUCAGCCAUCGAGGAAGGAAAAGGAAUUUACAACAACAUUAAAAACUUUGUCCGCUUCCAGCUAAGCACGAGUAUUGCAGCUCUGACGCUCAUCUCUUUGGCAACGCUGAUGAACUUCCCCAACCCGCUGAAUGCCAUGCAGAUCCUGUGGAUCAACAUUAUCAUGGACGGACCUCCCGCUCAGAGUUUGGGCGUGGAGCCUGUGGACCGCGAUGUGAUCAGGAAGCCUCCUCGUAAUGUGAGUGACAGCAUCAUCACCCGCAGUCUGCUUGUCAAAAUCCUGGUGUCAGCGUUCAUCAUUGUCUGCGGAACGCUGUUUGUCUUCUGGAGAGAGUUGCAGGACAACAUGAUCACUCCUCGAGACACCACCAUGACCUUCACCUGCUUUGUCUUUUUCGACAUGUUCAACGCUCUGAGCUCUCGUUCACAGACUCGUAUGGUCCACGAGAUGGGUCUGUGCAGUAACAAGACUUUCUGCUACGCCGUCCUGGCCUCCAUCAUGGGACAGCUCCUCGUCAUCUACUUCCCUCCUCUGCAGAGCGUCUUCCAGACAGAGAGCCUCAGCAUCUUUGACCUGCUGUUCCUAGUGACCCUCACCUCCUCUGUGUGCAUGGUGUCCGAGAUCAUUAAGAUGGUGGAGAGGUGGAGGGAAGCUAAAAAGAGCCCGCCCUCCGACUUCUUCCACGAGGUAUGACACACCCCCACGCCGCUGGCCCCGCCAUGCUGAAUGGCCGAAGGACUCUGAGCCUUGGAGGAGGAGGAGGAAGAAGAAGAGGAGGACAGUGAUGGGUUUUAGGAUAUCAGAACUGAUGGCACUGACUAUAUAAGACUGACAAGACUUGAGGGAUUUUCCUGGGAGGGAGGAGAAAUUCUGGUCUGGGACUGGAGCUUCAGCCUCAGGUUGCAGUGACGGAGGGAGGUGAGUUAGCAGACUGGACUUUAAUUGAACUGGGAAGACAUGAUGGCUGCUGGGAGAUCUGAUCCAAUAAACGGCUUUAAUACCGAUCCACAGCAGCGGUUCAGCUCAUGACCCCCCCCCCCCCCCCCGACCGUAGCUUUUGGGGGAAACUGAUUUAAACAUUGUCGGCGUGAACCCAGCUCCAGUCUGCUCCUCUUCAUUUAGGACGUUAACCCUGUGAAGAUUCAAGGCUGUGUGCAAUUCUUUGUGUUCUUCCUUCUUUUUCAAUCUUAUCCUUUUUAGAAGGUGUUGACCACUAUUCUUUCUUUUAGCGGUCGAAGGCGGUGACUUCACGCACGACCACGACUUUGUUUUGAUUCCUCUACAGAUGGGUUUACAGGACAUGGUGGAGGUGUAACGGUACAAAGUUUUUAUCACAGCAGGGAACAGAAAAUAUAACAUUUUUUGUUCUAAUUUCAGCUGGAAAUUAAGACACUGAAGCAUUUCCAUAUUUCCUAGAAAACUUAAGGCAAUAUGUCCGUGUUGCUGUACAUUAAAUACAGAACUGUAUUCAUGUAAAGGAACAUAACAGUGCACUUUAUUGCAUAUAAAUCUUUAAUUGUGUGUUUUCUACUGUGAAAGUCUGUGGCUGCCAAUAUUAAAAUCAAAAUGUCAUCUUCCAUUUAUGUCCAUAGAUUUUCAAAUUACAUUUUUUAAUGGACAUUUUCAUAAUAGGAAUAAGGUUUGUCAUGUGAUUAUGGAAACGGUCUGUGUUCUGCAAAUGAGGGUGCAUAUAAUAGAGGUAGAUAGAAUAGAAAUUUUACCUGACGAAGGGAUGAGGACUGAGACAGUUAAUUAAAAGUGCAUUUAUUUAAAAAUCAGGAUGUAAAUCUUUAAAUCCAGUUUACAUUAUAAAUUUAUAUUUAAAUCUGAUUAUUAUUAUAGAUUGAAAAAUUAGUCACUUUAAAAUGAUUUUAUUCAGUUUUUGUUAUGUUAGUAAUUAUGCUUUUCAACAAUGAAAAUGAAAGUUGGAUUUUUUUCGUGUGUGUCACAACUGGAAAAUUAGAUUUUGUAGAAAUGUAUUUGUAUCAGGAUUCAACACCUUGUUUAAGUGAUUUGAUUUUAGUGUUGGCAGCCAUACACUUCCAUACACAGACACUGACAUGAAACACUUUGGUGGUUUUUGUAGGACGGGAUAAUAUCUAUAUGUACAUUUGCUUAUUUUUUUGGAUUACUUUGAAACUUUAACUUUCUUUCCUUGAGAAUUUUUUCUUCAAACAAAUUAAGUUCUGAAAUUUAACAGUUAGAGGAACUCCUAAAUAAAAUGGUGUCAUUUUUAAUUGAAUCAGGAACUGUCGGAUCAGACAAUAAUUAAAAUCAGAGAAUAAUUACAACAAGAUUAUUAAUCUGACCAGACUUCUGACUGACCAUGUUUUUGUCUUUUGUCCCAACAGCUUCUCAUCCCAGGGCGUCAGAUAUUGGUAUUUGAUGCACAAGGUACCCUUUAGAGUCCUUGUGAGAUGCCUUUUUAAUAUGUGGUGUGUGUUGACAUAAGUAAAGUACGUAAUGGCGGAUGGGUUACUUUAAAGUGCAGGACAUUGACGGGUACCUUGUGCAACAAAUAGCUUUCUAUAUUUGUGUCUAUAGUGUCUAUAUUUGAUGCCCUGGGAUGAGACCGGGCUGUUUGUCCAGUCCAGCUUAACCAAAUACUACUGCCAUAACAAGCACAGGUGUUAAUUAACAAAAUAUUUGGUGCACUAACGGUUUAGGAGGCGUAAUCGUACCAUUGCACCUCCACUACACGGGCUUGUUUCUGGGAUCCGCAUGUUAUGUUUCACGCUUCUUUCUACGUACAAUGGUUUAUUUAAAUUAAAACGGAAAUCUGGUUUCUGUUGAGCAGCUAUCGUAUUUAAGCUCCAUCACGCUCGCCACCUCGUCUGUGGCGGCGAACGACUCUUCCUCUGGCCACAAACCGGCUGCUGUCUGCAGAUUAGGAACUUUAUUUUUCCUGCAAAACAGCAGAGGUGGAACAUCCUGACGCUAAAAUGUGGAAUUAGGCCUCAAAAACUCGCCAACACAACUGACACGGUUGCUUUCAGGGUACACAGAAACUUUAGUAACAAUGCUUUCUCAUCCUGUGCCUUAGAGAAGUCAUUGAUAAUUUUAAUUAUCUCCACUCCUUUAGUGGACGGAAGCCCUUUACUGAUGCAUGGCUUUUCUGUUUAAUCAGUUUUAAAUUAUUUUUUUUUUAAAAGAACAAUCAUAUGAAAUAUUAACUUAUUUUCCAUUUAUAGUUGAUAUAUAGAGAAGCCAGGGUGCUUUCUGGGAAAUGUAGUCCACAUGACUUUUAAUAUGUAGUUAUUGUUGUUUU